AUGCGUGUGUCGCCGCUGGUUGUCGUAGACGAUGACUCUGACCAGCACAUGCAGGCGGGGCCGCGGGACAGCAGCCAGGCGGGCAUCGAUCAGCUCGCCACUGCCGCUGACAAGAAGCAGCACAGCGGGGUUGACGCUGCCGCAGGGCCCGGCCACGGCCCCGCCCUUGCCGCGGCCGCCAAGCCCGGCGGCGGAACCGGGGCCAGUCGCGCCGCCGAGGCCAAGCGGCGCCAGUCCCAUGUCGCCCUGGCCUUCGGCCGGAAGUCCUCGCCCCGCUGCACCCGCAGCUUGCCCCUGGCCGAUCCCUCGACGGCGGCGCCGGCAGGCGCCGGCGCAGAGGGCGACGCGUCCGCGCGCUCGCACGCCAGCAUGGCCAGCAGUUCCGCUUGCAGCGCCGCACCCGCCGCCGCCGCGCGCGGCCACGGCCAGCUGGCGCACCACCGCCCCGCCGCCGCCGCUGCCGCGGGCAGGGGCGCCGGGAAGCCGCUCGAGCAGCCGCCCUGGCUGGGGCCACUGGGGGGCCGGCCAAGGGCGUCCCUCGGCGCGUCUGGUGGGGACGGGCACGCCGCAAGCAACACACAGAAGCGCGCCGCCGCGCCUGGCCUGAUGACGGCGUCGAUCGACAGCAGCAGCGGCGACCCCGCACUGCGCUCCGCGGCGGCGGGCCCCGCCCGCAAGGUUGCGGGCGGGCCGUCCGCGGCCGCACGAGUCGCGGCGGCUGCGGCGGCGGCGCCGUCCCGGCUGCAGGGCGGGCCGUCGGGCAUCGGCAAGACGGUUGAGAAGCAGCAGCAGCAGCAGCGGCCGCAGCAGGGCGGGGGUGCAGACCUGCCUGGCAGACCUGGCCUUGAGCACACUAGAGCGGACGAGGCGGCCGGCGCCGCGGCGCACUCUGGAGAGGUUGGGUUUGCUGACACCGCAUCCGACGCGGCGGCGGCCGCCAGGCGCGUCGCGGCGCUGCCGCUGCACAGGGUCGGUCCUCAAGAGGAGGGGGAGCCUGGCGGCGGGGAGCCCUCGCCGCCGCGGCACCGCCGCGCGCCGCCGUCUCCGGACCCGCUGACGCCGCGGGGCGCGGCGGGCGGCCCGGGCGGCGCGGCGGCGCAGCAGCCCGCGGAGUCGUCGGACACGCGGCCGCUGCAGGGGCAGGCCGCCGGCGAGGCGCAUGCGCAGGCACAGGCACAGCGGCCCCAGGGCCAGCCGAGGGCCGCGCCGGCCAAGGCGCGCGCCGCCGCGCCGGCGCCGCGCGCCACGCCGCCCAAGCCGCAGCCGGGGGCGUCGCCGAUUUUCGCGAGGGCGGCCGGCGGCGGGCGUGGGGGGCCGGGGCGGCGCUGCGUCGCCGCCUACACCCCAGAGCCCAAGCCCAAGGCCGCAGGCGAGCAGCGGCGCGCCAAGCGCACGCCUGUGCCACGGCUGGACUUGACGCCAGUGCUGCUUUCCCAGGAAGCGCAGUCCGGCGCCGCAAGCGACGCCGAGCCGGACUGCGACGAGGGCGCCUGGGCCCAGCAGCCGCAGCGGCCAGAGCAGUCCGGGGGCAGCGGCGCGGGGCUCCCGAGCGGCGGCGGCGGCGGCGGCGGCGACGCGGGGUUCUUUUUGGAUGCGGCGAGGCCGGACGGGUCUGCUGGGCGGAGCGGCGGCAAGGCGGCGGGCAGCAAGCCCGCCGCCGCGGCGCGUGCGGCGGCGGGGAAGCAGCAGCCGUCGGGCGGGGCGGCGCCCGGGUCGGGGGCGGGCUCCGCGCAGGAGCCUGAGGAGGCAUUUUACGUGUAUGCCCCAGCGGUGCCGCGGGAGACCUGGGCACAGGCCGCAGCCGGGCGCGUGCUUCGCCGCGCGGCGUGCAGAGGCUGA